AAAGCAAAACGCGCUUAAACGGAAUAAUAAUAUCCACAUUUUGUUCAGUACCGUUACAUUAAAAUACAAAGCCCAAGCCCCCAAUAAUCAUCUCCAAUCUACAUCAGCUCGCGCCUUCUUCACCCCCUUCACUCUCUUCUACAUAUACACCUAUACAUACACUGAUACACUCAAUUUUCAACUCGCUUUAAACCCUCCAUUGAUCCAACCCCACCAACCAUCUCCCAGAUCCAAGCAACCCCAGAUCCCCAAAAACCCUAAACACACACACACACACACACACAGUAGCUGAGCUGAGCUGAGCUUUUGUGUUGACCCAAUGAAAAGCACGAGCCAAUGGUUCACAAUUGGGCUCGUGUCAGCAUGGUACACAUCAAACAUAGGUGUAUUGCUACUAAACAAGUACUUGUUGAGUAAUUAUGGGUUUAAAUAUCCAAUCUUUUUGACUAUGUGUCAUAUGACUGCUUGUUCUUUGUUCAGUUAUGCUGCUAUUGUUUGGUUAAAGAUUGUGCCUUUACAGACUGUUAGGUCUAGACUUCAGUUCUUGAAGAUCUCUGCUUUGAGUUUGGUGUUCUGUACUUCUGUUGUUAGUGGGAAUGUGUCACUCAGGUAUCUUCCGGUUUCGUUUACGCAAGCUAUUGGCUCUACUACGCCUUUUUUUACUGCCGUGUUUGCGUAUUUGAUGACGAAGAAGAGGGAGGCUUGGUUGACUUAUGCUGCGCUUGUUCCCGUUGUUACUGGUGUUGUUAUUGCCAGUGGGGGUGAACCAAGUUUCCAUUUGUUUGGUUUUAUAAUGUGUGUUGGUGCUACUGCUGCAAGGGCUUUGAAGUCGGUGCUUCAAGGAAUUUUGCUGUCCUCAGAAGGGGAAAAGCUAAAUUCUAUGAAUCUUCUACUCUACAUGGCACCGGUUGCUGUUAUAUUCUUAUUGCCUGCAACCUUAUUGAUGGAGCAUAACGUUGUUGGUAUCACGGUGGCACUUGCAAGAAAUGAUGUUAAGAUAAUAUGGUAUCUGCUCUUUAAUUCUGCCCUGGCUUAUUGUGUGAACUUGACAAACUUCCUGGUUACCAAGCACACCAGUGCUUUGACACUACAGGUCUUGGGAAAUGCAAAAGGAGCUGUGGCUGUAGUGGUUUCAAUUUUGAUAUUCAGAAAUCCCGUCUCAGUAACCGGGAUGAUGGGAUACUUUCUGACAGUCAUUGGAGUUGUUUUGUACAGUGAAGCCAAGAAGAGGAGCCGAUAGACCAUUUCUUUCUCCCUUGUUUGUAUUAUCAUAUAGAGCUAUCAAUUUUUUUUCCCCAAAUCCAAAAUUUACCUCCAUUAUGCUUUUGGUAAAAUGUUACCCCCUCCUGUUUCUUUCUGGGAACCAGAAAAGAGGAGAUCCCGCCUGUUGCUUCAGUAAGAUAUGGUGUUUUGGGUGAAGAAAUUGAAACAAGCAUCUUUGGCUUCUCUUCCCAUGGUCUUCAGGUGUCAACUAUUCUUUUGGGAAACUCUAUUCAAUCAAUUUAUUGUUUGCUCAACCUGUAUCAUAAGUAUCAUAUUUUCUCCCAACUUGUACACGCGCAUUAUCAUUUUUCUUACAAAUAUAAUACUUUAUUGAUCACCAAACAGUCCCUUCCCCGUCUUCUGGUUAUAUUUUCACUUCGGUCUUGGUAAAUAUGGUUUGAAAAGAAAAGAUUGGUCGCUAUAAUUAUUGUCCACGGAUUAGCUUCAGAAGUUUAUACUUGUGCAGCAUACUGUGUAAUCAUGCUUCAGAAAUGCUUCGGAGAUUCAUGUGUCAGAAGUGCUUGGGAUUACUUACUGUCCAAUAAUAAUGUCGUAACCGUUUGUUAAAUUGAUCCGAAGGUUUUCAGUUUCAUGAGCGCAACCUUUUUGGCCUUCUCCAUGGGUAGUCUUUGAGGUGUAUGUAGUUCAGUUGUGUGGUUUAGCUAGACGUUGUCAAAAUGAAGUAACAAGUUAAAGCUUGUAGGGGGUGUAAUUGAGAUCAGCAUUCCACCUUAUGCUGUGUGGUAUAUGCCUGGCUUGCUGGCUUUCCUCAAAGAAAAAGGUCCACUCCCAGUUGUUGGUCAAGUAUGUGGUACUGCAUUCUUUACUGUCAGUUGCCAAUAUUGUAAUGGCUAUGACUAUACUCCAACAAGGUGGAUUGAGGUGUUAUCCAUUUGAAACUUCUCAGCGUGCGGCUUCUUUUAUUCUUCUUCCUCAAUAAUCAUAUGUAGGAAAGAAUUGUAAAUUUUCGGUUCUCAUUUAAGUUUGUUCUGAUGAUAAUAAAUUACCGUAUGAUUUAUUA